AAUCACAGAGCUUUAAACAAGAUGGCAGAGAAGCAGAGCUGGGGACUCCUUAUUACAGUGUGCUUGGCUAGUGUCCUGGUGGUCGAGGCAGAUAUAAAGGCUUAUACUCAAGUGGGCCAGCUCUUUGUGUAUGAACUGCAGAGAGAAACGUUCCAGAGUGAUUUCGAACCCUUCCUCAAACACUAUGGUCAUGUAUAUGAUGACCCCAUGGUGUUCAAAUGCAACAAGCAGCACUUCCCAGACCUGCCCCGUUGGCUGCGCUACACGCAGAGACAUCCUCUAGACAAUGGAUUCCUCUAUGGCACCCCACUGGAGGAAGACCAGGGCAAGGCUGUGAUUGAGAUCACGGUUAUUAAUAAACGCAGCUAUGACACCUUCAGGGAGAGGCUGGUGAUAACCGUGGGGACACCAGGGAAGAAGUUGCCCUAUCAGGCCGAGUUUUACCUGCCGCUCCGGGAAAUUGAGAAGGUGCUGCCCUCUGCAGUCCGGGAAGAGAUAAAGCAGGACAUCCAGAGGAUGUGGGGAGCUGCACGCAUUGAUGUUGAUGUAGUAAACAUAAGCUCUGCUUUGGACAAGGGUGGCAGAGUGCCCCUCCCACUACCAGGCCACUAUGAGGGGGUUUAUGUCAAGAUGGGCUCCCAACAGUACUACUCUGACUGUUUGCUGAGGCUCCUGAGCCCUCAGCACCAGCAGGAAUGCGAGGCUGUAGGCAGGGCGUCGGGGGACUGCUCCGUGUGCGUCAACCCCAGCAACUGUAUGGCCUGGUGCAAUGCCACUUUGAUUGACCUGUCCAAGCCUGUGCCUCCUGUACCAGCCCCUACCCAUGGUUCAGGCAUCCUGGAGAGUGGGGGUUUCUAUGAUCCACCGGAAUCCCCUCCAAGUCGAGACUACUUCCUGGACUACAUCGGGAUGGUGAUCAUCCCCUUCGUGUUGGCCCUCAUCCUGUGUAUCCUCCUAGCCUACGUCAUGUGCUGCCGACGAGAGGGCGUGGUGAAAAGGGAUGCAAAGACACCUGACAUACAGCUGUAUCACCACCACACCAUCCAGGGGAAUACAGAUGAACUCAGGAGCAUGGCAGGGGGACGGGGAGUACCCAGACCCCUCUCGACUCUCCCCAUGUUCAACGGCCGCACAGGAGAGAGGAUGCCCCCCCUGCAGAGGCAGCUGCGCUCCGACAGCUCCCACAUUCCCCUCAUCAUGGCCCAGCAUGAUCCAAACACAGAUACACUUCCCAGGUAAACACUAUCAUGGAAGACUUCUUUUGCAAAGGUGAAGAACACCAAGUCUGGACUUUUCUAGAAGAAAGAAGAUACAGACCAUGAAGACAUAUUCUCUCCUCAUCACUUAACUGGUUUAUUUUUAGGUUAAUCAUGUUCAAAUGUACAAUCAUGUACUCAAUGUACAAAUAUUGUUUAGAAAUUAGUUUUUAUUUAGCCUACACUACUAUGACAUCUGAGCUGAAGAACUUAUUCAUAACUAAUAUAUAUAUAUACAUAACACACACACAUAUAUACAUACAUAAUAACUAAUUACUUUAUUUUAUUUGUUUGAAAAAUGAGGUUAUUGUGAAGGUUUCACCAAUUACUCACAUAUGAUAUUAAAACUAAAUACUCUACAUGGAGCAAGAAUCUGUCUGGCACACAACAUUUAUGUUUAUGAUAUUUAAAAAUAUUUUAGUCACUUUAAAAUCCUAUACAAGAAGGAACAAGUCAACUUGUGAGAUUUUUAGGUUUUUAAUUUUCUUCGCACAACAUAACACAAGUUUUUUUUUUUUUUUUUUUUUUAAAGCACUGUUGGAAGGAGAGAACUAGAUUUUGUUGCAUUUAAAUAUUUUUCAUCUGGAAAAUAAAGCCUAAAACUCA